AUGGAAGCGCUCGCUAUGGCGCUCGGCGCAUCACGGGAAAUGACCAUGGCCGGCGCGGCGCUGCUGGGCGUUCUGUGCCAUCAAACUGUCAUGAAGCCAUUCGAGGUUGACAGCCGCGGGUGGGAAAUGACCGUCUCGUAUCUGAGCGUGCUCGGCGGACUCUUUGUUGGCUACACGCUGAGCGCCAACUACGCACUCGGAGAUGCGCUCGUGCGCACCGCCUCCGCCGGCGCCGCCUUCCUCGUUGGUUUGUACGGCAGCAUGCUGGUGUACCGCGCCUUCUUCCACCGGCUCGGCCACUUCCCAGGCCCGUUUGCAGCGCGCUUGAGCAAUUUGUACCACCUCAUUUCCAUGACAAGGACGAACCUGCAGUACCACCUGCACGUCCAAAAACUCCAUUCGCGCUACGGCGACUUUAUCCGCACCGGACCACGGGAGCUCACAGUGCUGCGCGCCUCGGCUGUCGACCUGAUCUACGGCUCGACGUCAAAGUGCACCAAAGGCACCUGGUACGAUCAGAACUCGGGCGAUCCCGACAAGGUCGGCAUCGAGAAUGUUCGGGACAAGGAGCGCCACCGGAUCCGUCGCAAGGCCUGGGAUAAGGGCUUUGGUGUGCGUGCCCAGGAGACGUAUCAGCCCCGUAUCAAACAAAAGAUUGACCAGCUCAUGGACCGAAUCGGCACCGGCAAGCCCGUCAACAUCACGCAGGACAACAUCUUUUACGCGUGGGAUGUCAUGGGCGACAUUGCCUUCUCGCACGAGUUCCACAUGCUCCAGACGGGCGUCGAGCACCCCGCCGUCGACGGCCUGCACUGGGCCAUGGCCACGGCUGGAGUCGUCACGACCCUGCCCUGGCUCAUGAACAUGCUGCGCGUGAUUCCCGGUGCGACGGGGCGCUUCGAGCGCUUCGCGAGUUGGUGCACCGAGCAGCUCAACCUCAAGCGCGAGGUGUUGGCCCGGGAAAAGGCCACCGGCAAGCCCAAAGAGUCCCAGGACGUCAUGACCUGGAUCAUCAAUGCGCAGGAGGACGGCGACCGGUCCGCUCCACCGAGCGAGUCGGCUAUUCGCGAAGAUGCGCGCACGUUAAUAUCGGCGGGGAGCGACACCAUCGCCAUCGCCUUCACCAAUUUCCUCUUCUUCAUGGCGUCCCACCCAUCCAUCUACCGCACGCUGCAAUCCCACCUCACCACCACCUUCCCCGACGGCCCCUCAACCUGGACCUACACGCGCGCCAAAUCCAUCCGCUACAUCGACCACCUCAUCCACGAAACCCUCCGCCUCCGCCCCCCAGUACCCAUGGGUUUCCCGCGCCAAACCCCUCCCGAAGGCCUCCAGAUCGACGAGGUGUACAUACCCGGCGACGUGAUCGUCAACGUCCCGACAUGGGCAAUCCAGCGCGACGAGCGCUACUUCACCGACGCGCUCGCCUUCCGUCCGGAAAGGUGGGAGAGUUUGAGUCCCGAAGGGACGGGGAUGGCGUACCUGCCUUUUCAAAAGGGCGGGUUUGCCUGUGUUGGGAAAGCGCUUGCCAUGAUGCAGCUGCGCAUGCUUAUUAGCAUUGUUGGGUUGAGGUUUGAUGUGGCGUUUGCCGAGGGUGAGGAUGGGGUGCGGUUUUGGGAGGGUGCUAAGGAGACGCUUACCCUGUGGGUGCCUGAGUUGAGGUUGGUGUUUACGCCUAGGGAGUACUAG